GCCCUUUUAAUUUUAGUGCUUGUUGCUCGGGGAGCGGAAGGAGACUUGCUCAUAGCAACAGGACCGUUUAGUGCGGCAGGCUUUGAUACCCAUCUGGUGAUUAUUGACAGUUCUUCCUGGACUUUACAAGUUGGACCAUGACAGCGACAACAGACAAAAGCCUGCUGUCAGCGGAGAUGCAGGACGAGGAUGCACUCUAUGAACAACUGCUACUCCAGGCUGCAAAAGAGAUGCAGAGUAAACUUCCAGCAACACAAGAAUCUAAGCAGAUCAGACCACAGCCAGGAUUCUGUGUGAAGACAAAGACGAGAAGCAGCGAGAAGGUUUUCGUUAACGUUUGCAAGUCCGAUGAAAUCCCACCUCCUCCAGAUUUGUCUGAGGAGGACUUAGUGACCUUGUUGGAAUCAGAAGAUCCUUCAGGAUACCGGAUUCCCAUGAGCCUCGGCGAACCUCAUGCCGAAGUUGACAACAGUGGUAAUGGAUGUACUGCAUAUGACAUUGUCAUCAAUUCUAAAUUUUACAACAAAAUUCAGAACAAUAAACUCUUCAUGGAAUUCUUUAUUACUAUCGGGUUUGAAGGAUUAGAAAACAAGUAUAACUUAGAGCUUUCCAGAGAAUGGCGAAUGUUGAAAAACAGGAAAUUUCUGGGAUCUGUAGCAGAACAGAACAUCAGAACAAAAUCAAAACCUAUCAUCCAGGAACUGAAAUCCAGCACCCAGUCCCCAGAAAGUGACACAAAGCCUCUUGUAUCAGAAGUGGAAAGAACUUGUGUGGAACCGGAAUAUAUGAUAGUGGCUGAGCCCGCAGACCGGCACCCCAGCUUUCUGGUAGCAAACGUUUCCUUGCCAAAAGUGAGCUAUAGAGUACUUUGCGUAGUGGUUACCGUUACACAUUACAGCACCAGCGACCGGGGUUCAUUUCCCGCCUUUGUCUGGAAGGAGUUUGUAUGUUCUUCCCGUGACUGGGUGAGUUUUCUCUGAGUGCUCCGGUUUCCUCCCACAGUCCAAAGGUAUACGGCUUAAUUAGUCACAUGGAUGUAAAGGAAGGUGUAAGCCUUUUGGUCCAAAAGAGUCUGUUAAAGUGCUCUAUCUCUAAAUAAAAUAAAUGGAGCAAUUAAGCAGAGAAUCGGGCCCUCAGGCCCACCAUAUCCAUGCCAACUGUUGAGUACUAUCUGUACCAACCACAUUCACCAUCACAUGGACCAUAGGCUCUGGAUGGUUCACUGAUUCAAGUGCUGAACUGACUCCUUCUUUAAUGUGGGAGGAUCUGUCUGUACCACCCCUGGAUCUCCCUGCCUUCCCCCGCCCUGCGGGUCUCCCUACCCCCCCACCCC